GAUCGUUAUAGUCCUCCAGGUUAUGAGGAAUCUAGUAUAUGGCCACUCACCGGAUUGAAUGUGAUUGAAGCGUAUCGAAAUCGAGUUGGCGAGGCAACCCCUUAUCACCACGACGAUGAUUUCCUGUCCAUUGAAGUGAUGGCUUAUCCAAUGCCAUUCAUAACUACCUUCGGUCCAGGCGGCCUUUAUAUUGAUCAACGGGUGCAUUUGGAGGGCUUUUUCAGCUGUAAUCUGACUGCUAUCUUCAGUACACCUAGUUCCUCGUUCGUCUUCAAACUGGAAUAUGAAAAAAGGAAAAAGGAUAAAAAUCAACGGGUGCAUUUGGAGGGCUUUUUCAGCUGUAAUCUGACUGCUAUCUUCAGUACACCUAGUUCCUCGUUCGUCUUCAAACUGGAAUAUGAAAAAAGGAAAAAGGAUAAAAGUUGUAGUAAAAGGGGCAAAGAGGGAAUCGAAAGGCGGAGCGAGGUGGACAAAGAUGUUUUAAAAAAUUUCGGAAAAGUUUAA